GGCAGACUUGCAGUGUGACGUGGCACGGGGGGCGGAAGAGCUUGUUUGUGUUUUGGUUCUAGGGGAAGUUGCGAGAAGAAAGAAAGGAGGAGACGUGACGGGAUUAUUUUUCUGGUUCCCCAACACCACCCCACCACAGUGUCCCGGGUUCCGUGUGUAAAUACUGCAGCAGUGGUAUUUGAAGUUCAAAACAUCGUCUACCUCUCAGCAGAAGUCCUGAUAGUGAGGUUUGGCAAACAGAGCACCGGGGGAUCUGACUAGGUCAUGGCCAAUCGGGGAGGAGCUACGAGACCCAACGGACCCAAUGCAGGGAACAAGAUCUGUCAGUUUAAGCUUGUGCUGUUGGGGGAGUCAGCGGUUGGGAAGUCCAGCUUAGUGCUCCGCUUCGUCAAGGGUCAGUUCCAUGAAUUCCAGGAGAGCACGAUAGGAGCUGCGUUUCUCACCCAGACAGUGUGUCUAGAUGACACAACAGUAAAGUUUGAAAUAUGGGACACCGCAGGUCAGGAACGUUACCACAGUUUGGCACCAAUGUAUUACAGAGGAGCACAGGCCGCGAUCGUGGUCUAUGACAUCACAAACGAGGAGUCCUUUGCAAGGGCAAAGAACUGGGUGAAGGAGCUGCAAAGACAAGCUAGCCCUAAUAUAGUCAUUGCUUUGUCAGGCAACAAGGCUGACCUAGCCAGCAAGAGAGCUGUCGACUUCCAGGACGCCCAGUCCUACGCCGAUGACAACAGCUUACUUUUUAUGGAGACGUCAGCCAAGACAUCUAUGAAUGUGAAUGAGAUAUUUAUGGCUAUUGCAAAGAGAUUGCCGAAGAGUGAGCCCCAGGCUGCAGGAGCCAAUAGCGGGCGGAACCGGGGAGUGGACCUGACAGAAGCUGCCCAGCCUGCCAAGGCUUCAUGCUGCAGUAACUAACGUGAAACAACGCCUUCCCACCAACCAACCUGUAGAGCAGUAACUAAUGUGGCCGAUGCCCUGAAUGCCACCACAGUUACUAAUGCAAUGUGUUGUACUCUAUCUCCAAUUCUCUGAUCUGCAUACAAGAAAAGAUGCACCCCCCCCCCUUCUUUUGCAGUAACAAAGUCAACGCCAAUACACUGAUCUCCCCACAUGGCCCUGCCUCCUUUCCUCCAUCAUGGUUCUGCUGCUACCUGGUUAAGCCUCCUAACCAUUCUUUCCUACUUUCUGCUAUCCAGCUUGUUACAUCUAUCAUUUAUUAUGGAUAGAUUUAUGAGCAGAUAUUAGGGAAAUUAGCGCACCCUGCCUUCCAUCAUCUUGCUUCCAACGUGUAGAUAUGAGUUUAAUUUAGAGGAAGUGGUUACUUCCCUUUUUGGGGACAGCUUAGGACUCUACUACUUCAUUUCUUAUACCAGUCUUCUGUUUUUUUUAUAUAUAUAUUUUUUUUAUAAUUUUGUUACGUAUGGUUUGCUAUAAUUUUGUCAAAUUUUCAGAUGCACAAACCUUUAUACUUACCUACAUAGACAAAUAAAUUUGUCUGCAGUAGCACAGGAAAAAGAAGACUAUCAGAGAGGAGUUUAUGCUCGUUAAUCUGAGAAAGAGGAAAGGAAGAGCGAGAGAGAGACACCAAAAGAGAGGUGUGGCUCUUAGUACCUCUGAGCUCUACACUUUUCUCUUGCCACUUGGGCCCUUUUAUCUUAAAGUUUAAAAAUAUUUGUGGACUGUAGUUCUUUAGGAUUCUCUCGCUCUCUCUGAUUCCCUCUGCCUGCCCACACCAUCCAUGUCCUUACCCCCACUAAACCCAAAGUAGCACUAGUGUUCAUUCUCAAAGGCUCCAUUCUGGGGCCAUGCCUGCCUUUAGCUGUCCCUAGUGGCAUUGUGCAAUGUUUCACAGUAUUUACUCUGUGACUUGAGUGUCUGCAACGGCCAAUGCAGCACAGCAUAAAAAAUAUGUUCCACCCAGCUUUCUCCAAACAAGGCGUAGGGGUCUCUGAGGUACACAUCAUCAGUGUCACCACCUUCUCAUCUCCUGAUGAAGUGUCCUUGCAUAAAUCGUGUGUUAAUCAUCCCUUUGUGGUUAUACAUGGGUCUCGUGGUUAUCUGUCUUUCGAUGAUUUAGUUUAUGCAGAUUACCUUAUCCCUUGUGGUAAUGUUGCUGGACCGCGGCUUGGUUUGCCCCCUGGUAAAAAGCGGAGGUGAUGGUAGUGAGUUGGGAGUUGCAAUAUGUAAGGCUGCUUCAAAAUCACCUUUGAAUCAUAAUUGUCAUCUUCUCUUGUUCAGGAAGUGCUUUAGACACAGUUGUGUGUCAGUGUGUACAAACUGGGCCUGGGCUCGCUGAUGACAGAUUUCAUACAUAGACUCACUCACACUUGCACGUGUGUUUGAAAUUUUUUUGCACAUGAACACACAUUACAUUGACUUUGUCAAACCUAAACAUAAUUGUACAUACGCACGCACACCUGCAGUCUGUUACACCUCUCCUUCACUUCGUAGUGAGCGCACACAUUUUUUCCCUGUCCCACUCCCCCAAUAUACAUUGUUACGCAUAGCGACACACACACACACGUACAAACAUACAGUACUUCAAUAACUCUUUACAGGUCUUACUCAUGCCUUGCACUAAUGAUGCUCAUGCAUAUAUAUUGUCAUAAUUACAGCCAGUGUGAUAUAAAUAUAUAUAUAUAUAUAUAUAUAUAUAUAAAUAUAUAAAUAAUAUACUGUAAAUAGGGUGUUGCAGUGUAGUCUACCUUUUUCGAUUUACCAGUGACAGGACUAAUGCUUGCUAGGAAGUUGUCUAGAUAAUCUUAAAAAACUGUACAGUUAGCAGAAAAAACAGCUACAAACUGGGUUUGGAGUUUUGUUGCUGUUCCUUUUUCACACAAAUGGUUAAAUUAUAAUCAGUGAAGGUCUUUAUAAAUGUAUGUAGUGUUAUUAACAAAAAAUGAAAUGGAAUCUAUUUAGUCAUCUGUCUUGUACCUUUUUUCUCAAAAGAAAAAAAAUAAUUUCAAACAUUUUGGUUUCUAUUUUUUAACAUGAUCUUUUUCUUGCAUAUUGCUAAUUCUUUUCUAGUGGUGUCAGGCUAAUGCCCAAUACCCCUUCCUGUAGGUAGACCAAAACUUCCAGAAAUACUGGUUGUAAAAGCUCCAGAGGAGUCAGACACAAUAGAAGACAGUUUACAGUAACAACUGUCUGCCCCUCCAUUAACAUCUCAGUAACCUUGUGACGAUAUUGUAGGAACAGUGUAACAACUAUCCGCUGGCACGAUGGUGAUUCAUGAAUAAAUGAAUUAACACAUAAGGAUGUAAAUUGUAUGUUUUUUUGCCGUGAACACUUAAUUGCAGCUGAAAACAUUUAAAUGCAAGCAUUUUACAGUACUGUUAUGUAAUGACCAAUUAAAUACUGAAAUAAA